UUUGAAAGUAAGAAGCGGCACAUCAAAACAAUUGCGUCAGCGCCUACUUCGACUACAAUCAUUUAUGAUAAUCCUGUAUGUAGCUUCUAACAUUUGUGUGCCGGCGUAUCGCGCCCAUCCACGUCGUACGAGCUCUGCAUUUAAACGUUUGUUUGUGCUAGCACCCAUCAUGCGCUCAGAUUCGGACUCCGAUAGCCAGGAAGAAGAUGAAAAACUGAAAGAAGAAAUCAGGCAGAUAGAGGAAAGGAAAAUAAGAAGAAAAUUAUUAAAAAAACAAAGCUUAGCGACAUCGAACACGCUAUCGCCCGAAACAAGUUGUUCGUCUUCAAAAAAGCUAAAUAAUAUAGACGUUGACGAAGACAGGAAUAAAGGGAAUCCUGGCUCAUCAGUACAAGUUACCAGUAACAAUAACCUAUGUUUAGAAGAUGAUAAUAAGGGUCAACAGGAUCGAUUUCGCACAUACAAAAAACUUCCUGGAGCUGUAGAUCAUGGCAAGGAGUAUGAACAAAUGAUGUGUGCAUUCUACGCUUUAAAACUGAUUGCGCGUGAUGAUGUGGAAGAUUUUGAAAUGACUACUAACAACAAAGAAUAUGGAGUUUUUGAUGAUAUUGGACUUACAGUUACGUUCAAGAACACGAAAAGACAGAUUUAUCUCAUUCAACUCAAACACAAAGAAGGAGGAAAGUUCAUCACAAGUAACAAUUUACGUAAUCAAAAGAAUGACUUCGGCCUUCAAAAAUAUUUUAAUUCUGUAUCGUCUCUUAAUAUCACGGAAGACGUUGUUUACAUUGUCUCUACAAAUUCUUCUACGUAUAUUAAGCAAAAUACGGAGAUAUCGCCAGAUAUUGUUCUUGAAGUGCGUGAUUGUAUUGAAUAUGAAGACCUACUACUCAACGUCCAAGAAAGAAAAUCAAGUACUAUUUUUCAAAUUGUACAAAAAUUAGAGGACAAAAAUCAAAUGUUUUAUUUUUUUACGGAACAAAAUAACAUACAUAACACUAAAGUUAGCGUGCAAAAAAUGUUAUACGAGUUGAUGCAGUGUAACAUUUACGACUCUUUCAUGCAUUUCAUGAGCGAAUGGUGGUCAAAAAGCUUUGUUUUAGCAAAAGACGAUGUCAUCGCCAAAUUAGCAGAAUUAGUUGUCUCACCUUACCUUAAAACUUUAACAGACGAUAAAAAAAAUGCCAAAACCGAAAAUCUCAGAAAAGCAAUAACGAAUUUUUCGUUAACGAUUGUGGAAAAAACCGACGAAAAUAUAAUCGAAAAUAUAUGGCCGACUGAGAGUAUUACGGAUGAUGAAUUUAACAAAACCAAAGAGAAAUUUGAACUAAAGAUAACAGAACAAAUGAAAAUUUUAUGGUUUUUAAAUAAAGUUCCGCUGGUUAUAAAAGUGGACGAUUUAAAUAUAGCAGCAAUUAAAUGUGCAGUAAAGCUAAUAGACAAAAGUGCAGACAAGAAAAAAAUCAUUUUGGAGGGAAAUGUAACAAAGUGUGAAUUUGAUGGAAUGCAAGUGUUCCAAGAUUUAUCUGAUUUGAUACAAAAGUGUGAAAGAGAGGAGUGUUGCCGUAGUGUUCUGGAGAGUUUUGAGGUGUCAUUGCAGGGAAGAGAGCCAAUUUGUUUAGAAGAAUUAUAAUAACAUUGACAGCGAAAUUUCGCAAUAUAUCGGACUCGGCGAACUACUGAAAAUGUCUCAAACAAAUUUCAUCAUCGGAAACGAACGAGAAGAUUUGCCUGAAUUACACAUACCAAGAAAUGUCUCCACCAUUUUCGUAAACACAAACAACAUUUUGAGUUUUUGCGAAUCACAAAGAUUCCAGACGGUGGUAAUAAUGAAUUGUGACCCAGCAUUUAAACAUAAAUUCCAAAAACUUAAAAAUUUCAGUUGUGUCGAAAUUUCCGACUACUUUUACCAACAACUGGGUGAAAAGGAAAAUAUCAUUUUGUUGUCAACAAAAAGUAAGUGUA